UAAUUCUCACCUCUUUACUCUCGAAAUAUUCAGAAGCAGCUGUCUGGCUCUUUAGUUAGACUUUACACUCGAUUGAAAUGGCUUCGGCGGUGACUGAUUACUGCAGGACAUUAGGAGCGGACGGGCGGCAGUUGCGUUUAGCGGGCCAUGUUGGCUUUGACAGCUUACCGGACCAGCUUGUCAAUAAAUCAGUGAAUAGAGGCUUUGCCUUUAAUAUUCUGUGCAUAGGUGAAACAGGAAUCGGAAAAUCAACUCUGAUGGAUUGUCUUUUUAAAACGACAUUUGAAGGAAUUCCUCAUUCUCAUCAACUUCCUGGUGUGAAAGUAGAAGAUCACACCUAUGAUUUGAAUGAGAGCAAUGUGAAACUGAAGCUUACAGUUGUGGAUACUGUUGGUUUUGGAGACCAGAUCAACAAAGAAGACAGUGCCAGUCCUAUUGUGGAGUAUAUUGAUUCCCAGUUUGAAAAAUAUCUUCAACAAGAGCUCAAGAUAAAAAGAACCCUGAAUGUGUACCAUGACACACGUGUUCAUGUUUGCCUCUACUUCAUCUCUCCCAGUGGCCACUCGUUAAAAUCUCUGGACCUUGUUUGUAUGAAAAAACUGGACAAAAAGGUGAAUAUUGUUCCCAUAAUUGCCAAAGCAGACACCAUAGCAAAAAGUGAACUGAAACAAUUCAAAGAGAAGAUUAUGGAGGAGCUUACAAGUAAUGGUGUAGAAAUUUACCGAUUUCCAGUUGACGAUGAGACUGUUGCUGAGAUGAAUGCUGGCAUGAAUGAGCAAAUUCCAUUUGCUGUUGUUGGAAGCCGUGAAGAGGCUAUUAUCAACAAAGUGAAGACGAGAGCCAGACAAUAUCCUUGGGGGACUGUAGAAGUUGAAAAUGAAAAUCAUUGCGACUUUGUGAAACUGAGAGAGAUGCUUGUACGAACAAACAUGCAGGACUUGAUCGACAAGACGCAUACCGGGCACUACGAGUUGUACCGCAGGAACAAGUUAGAAACCAUGGGUUUCAGUGAUGGUGACGGCGACAAACAGCCUCACAGUCUACAGGAGACGUACGAGCUCAGGAGACAGGAGUACGUGAAGGACAUACAAAGCAGAGAAGAGAAAAUGAGACAGAGCUUUGUAGACAAGGUCAAAGAGAAAGAGGCUGAAUUAAAACAAGCCGAGCAAGAGCUCCAUGCCAAGUUUGAACAUCUUAAGAAGACACAAGUAGACGAAAAGAAGAAGCUGGAAGAAAAACGAAGGUUGCUGGACGAGGAAAUAAAUCUUUUUAACAAGAGAAAGGCCGCUGCCCAGGCUGCACUGGCUCAAGCACAACAAGCCAGCUCAAGUUGCAAAAGAACAAAUGAAAGGAAAGAAGAAAUGAAAUGCCAGACACGCGUAGAAUGUAACCAAAUUGUUAAUUGUUGUAAAGUUUGCAACUCCCGUGAAAUGGGAACCUACGAUAGAUAUAUACUAAAUAUCACGUCAUGUAUGCUACAAAACUCUCCAAACGGAAAUUUUUGCAACUGAACAUGGUAUUAGUGGCCUGGGCAUCAAAACCUGUUAAACCUGUUAAAUUGUUUACACCUCGUUUUUAGGCUUCAGUUCCUCCCCGGUUACUGAGUUAUAAAAUGGUGGAUGAAAAAAAAGAAGAGGGGUCCUGGGUCAAAAGUGACGAUAAAUCGUAAACUCCCAAGGUCUGGUUUGUUACUUUACCUUUCGGUUGUUUUAAAUUUUCUUGCAAAUCAGCGCAAUUAAUUUGGGUUACAGCAUGAUAAAGCCAACUGGUUAAUACGUUUCCGUGUUCUCAUUAACCGUUUACUGGAUUAUGUGGUGAUGUUGAAAGGUGUGUGUAAUUCACUUUGAAAUUCACUUUGGCGAGGUCGAGGUCAACUCUUGACACCUCCUCAUCAAUAUGCAUAUUCUCCAUACUGUCCUCUAAACAUUUCCAAAGGUGCUGACAAGGAGAAUUUGUUUACAAAUCAAGAGUUUCUGUGUUCAAUGAUCAUUUCCCUUAUUCUCGUGACCUUAAUGUUUGAUUCAGGGGUGAUAUUGUAGGGAGAAUUUAGAUGCCAGUCAUGACACCUAAGAGGUUUAAAGGUUUUAACAUACCAGAGACAAAAUAAGUACCAAGAUCAACUUGAAAGUCAAAUAUUUCGUCAUCUUUAUUUCACUUCACCUUUCAUUAUGUUAGUUCACUGUUGCAUACUAACUAUUUAAAAAAAAGUAUAUUUGGGUUCUACCUUUAUAACUGGACCGUUUUUGAUAAUCGUUUAAUACUAUAUCCCCUUGUCGAUUGACUGCAUCGAUCGGCAUCAAUUUCUAAGACCCCCUAUUAAAUUUAAUUGUAUUAUGUCAUUGGAAUGAUGAUUUUUGAAACAUUCAAGCAAAAGAUUACAUCCUUUAAACUUUGGAACCCCUAAGCUUGACGGCAACCAGUUUUAUCCUCAUACUCGCUGGAAGUAUGCAAUAAAUAUAUAAUUAACGAUUUUGGUUUCUCAAAUCCUCCUUGAAGACAUGGAAGGAAAUGACGAAGAAAACUUCGAAGCUGAUAUCUGGGCCCCUAAUAUUUAUCUCUAGUUAAUAUUACGCUUGUUCUCGUUAAGCUGUGUAGUAGACGUCUGGAUAAAGAGUAACUAAAGAUGUAACAGCUAGAAAUGUAAAAGCAGUAAGCGAUUUUGUUUGGAGCAAUUAAUAAAUUGACACACAGCCCUUAUAAA